AUGGCUGUGUCAGGGAAAUCCAGCACGGUGGACUUAGCUGGCGAGACAACCAAGCCGGGCAAAGAUCGAGGAAUGACCGAGGUCAAAAUGGCAGCAGUCCUGCAAGGUCUUGAGACGACGCUAGCACACCUCGCCAAGAACUCGGAACUGCAAACAGAAGCCAUUCAGAAUUUGAAGGAGGAGUUUCUUCUCUGCUCUGGAGACGAAGAUACUGAAGAUACAUCUGCGAUGGAUGAUAAUACGAGUGAUAAUGCGCUAGAUAUAGCGGCCACUCUCAACAAUGUGCUCAACUCGAGCGACCACAGCAAGACGGCCUCUGUGAAGAGCACUGAAUCAGGGUCUCAGAGCGCAUUGGUAGACAGCCUGACCCAGGCGUUUACCACAUCUAAAGUCACAUCCCCUGCAAUUGAAGGCAAAAUUGCCGAAUUAAUCGAUAAUAUGCUUAUUGGGGGAUUAUUGGCCAAAAUGGUCAAGGAAUGA